AUACAAAUUGAACUGGCCAGAACUCGUAAAAACUGUCAAUGACAAUUAAAAUUUUCUCGAAUUUACAUUGUAAUUUUUGAGAUUUUGUUUAAAAUCUCAUUUAUUUUCAUUAAUAAAACGAAGCGAUGCGUAACCCCAUUAAUUAAACUUCCCGCAAGAAUCGACAUCAGCUGGACGAGUACAUAACCUUAAUUUUGUUUUUUAAGUUGUUAUUUUUGGUUAUGUUCCUCUGAUUGACUGUUUUAUAAACGUAGGAUGUGGCCCCUUUUACUUGAUAUGACCAAGGAUGAGAGUGUACAAAGUUUACGGUGUUUAGAAUUAGAAGCGUAUGGUUGUUUAAUCAGUGCUCUAAGAGCCCAAGGACCUUUAAGCCAAGAUAAAUUAAAAUUACUUAGAGAUGCUGGAAUUAUACUAAAUAUUUCCCAAGAUAGACAUAAAGCCGAAGUUAGAAGAGCAGUUAAUGACGAAAAACUAAAUACAAUUGCAUAUCAUGUUUCUGGUCAAAAAAUCACAACGGAAGAAUGGGCGUUAGAGGGACGCCGUUUAGUGCCAUUAAUGCAAAGGGUCGUACCCCAAACCGCUUAUUCAGCCAUCGCUGAUGAAAUGGCUGACAUUUCUAAUAAACACAACCGUCAACUACCUAACCCAUCAAGCACAGAACGUAAAAGACCCGCGUCCAGUACAAGUCCUAUGAGUAUAUCCGAUAUAAAUAAAAGUACACCUUUUAGAAAUACAGAAAAUUCGAUAAAAUUGGAAGAUGGUAAAAAAAGGAAGUUACCUAUUAAUUUAGAUGGCCCCAGUUUAUCCCCACAUAUAAUGGGGCCCCCAAAAAUGAGUAGAAUUCAACAAAUUUAUAGGCAAAAAACACGAGCACGACAAAAAGAACAAUCUCAGUUUAAAAAGACGGAAAAUGAAUUAACUCAAAAUAAAGUUAUGUAUCAACAAGUACAACAAAAAGUAACACAAAAAGCAAUAACGCCUCCAACGACAACAAAUAUAAAUAUUCUUCAAAAUAUAAGUAUUCCUACUCAUAUAGAUGCAGAUGAGAUCGAUGGGAAAUUAGAAAAUAUGGAAACCGGUUUGAACGCUUCAUUAAAUGAAACGGAAGAGAUUCAAUUAAAUUCAGAUCAACUUCCUAUAAAUCUUCCUCCUUGUAGCACAAAACCGAUUCAACCAGGCAUAAUAAAAUCUACGGGAGCUUUAAUUCCAACAACCAAAAAAACUUUAACAUCAAAAUGUUUAACCGGACAAAAAUUAAUCGUCGUUUCAAACCCUCAAAGUAUGGCCACAACUAGUAUUUUACAAAGAACUUUAACUAUUCCAUUUGUUAAAAAUAUAUCAGUCAAAAAUUUUGAUAAAUUUAAAAUAGUAACCACAAAUAGUUCGUCUACAAAUGUCCAAUUGACUUCUUUGUCCAAUAGUAAUAUAGCCACUGGACAAAGUCCAGUAACAAAACACAAAGUAGUUACUGUUCGUACCAACCCAACAGUAAAAAAGGUGAUCCCUUUGUCACAAUUACAAAUAUUAAACGCAAAGGGUGGUAUAAAAGUUUUACCAAUUGGAGGAAAAAUUAUUACAAAAACAAAUUCCGGAAGUACACCAGUCUAUAUAGUAAAUUCAAGUAACAUGCAAUGUUUAACAAAAUGUACGUCGAGUACACCGGUUAUUAUGACAUGUAAACCGCAAGGUUCACCCGAAAAUAAAUCUUUAUUGGUAUUAAAAAAUCCAACUCAACAAGUACAACAAAAUCUCGAAGUUGAUGAUCGAGAGAUAAUAGUCGAACAGGAUAUAAUCGGAAAAGAAGUUGAAGUGAAACAAGAAGAUGGGGAAGAAGAGGAGGUUGAGGAUGAGGAAGAAGAAGAAAUUACGGAGAAUGUUAAAAAACAAUGUAAUUUAAAGCAAGAUGAUGUAAAUAAGGAUAGUUUGAAUGAGGUAGAUGUAAAUGAAACCAAUUUAAAGGAAGAUGUAGAAGAAAAUAUUGAAUCUCUUGAAAAUGAUUUAAAUGAUGAUAAUGAGAAAGUUAUUGAGGCGAAUGAAAAGACUGAAAUGGUGCAAUGUACAAAUGAGUUUACUUAUGUGAAUGGUUUGUCACCAAGUGUUUUUCCAACAAGUAACGUUUAAAAAAAAGAGAAAAAAGACUUUUAGCAAAAGAUGUUGUGUUGUGUUAAAAUAAAUAAUAGUGAAUGUGGUGAAAAAUGUAGUAAGUGUUUUUUCAGUUUGUAAGUAAUGAACAAGAGAAAUUAAUUAUUUAUUUAUUAAUCUUUAAUAUUAAUAAAAUAAAAUUUAUAAACUGUAUUUUGACAAUUUAAGGGUGGACCGUUUUGAUUUCUUCUUUAGUGCUUGUACAUAUAUAUCAUAUAAGAAGUAUUGUCAUAUACAUCACAUUGUUAACAUCACAUUUUUCUUUAAAUAUUAUUAUAUGUUAUUCCUAUAAAAUUAUUUCCCAGUGAGUCAAGUAUUGUAAGACACUAUAAAUUGCGUUAUUAUUGUGAUGAGAAAUUACGAAUAACAGAAAAAAAGAAAUCUAAACAUUUUUGUAUAUAUUUUUUUAUAUUAGUUGAAAUACAGAGCAUAUUUAUCACUGA